AUGCCCAAUAUCAUGGACAGCAAUGACAUUUCGCCGGUGUCCGAUGUUCCCAUGAGAAAGAAAGCGGGCAGCGGCGGAUGUUCCAUCCCUGGCGGUACCGGCGUCCCCGGCAGCAGCAGCCGCACCGGCAGCAGCCGCACAGGUAGCAGUAGCAGCAGCAAGAGUUGCGUGGAUUCCAAGCCGGAGGACCAAGCAGGUCAAGCCGCCCAGAGGCUAAAGUUUGGCGCAGCGAACCACACGGGCAUGGACGAGGCGGACGACGGAGAAGAGGAGUCCAAGUUUCAGCACCCGCGAUUGCGCCGAGCCGGUGGCAGCAGCAGUGGCGGCGGAGGAGGAGGAGGAGGCGGUGGUGGAGGAGGCAGCAUUAGGAUGAAAAACUUUACGCCAGGAGGGGGAGCCGCAUCUACGGCGUGCAAGAAGUCAAACAACAACGAGCUCUCUUCAGCGCACGGGGAGCAGCCCGCCACUUCCUCCGACGCCGCCGUAGCGAGCAAACCGUCAGCUCCGACGUGCCAGGGACAUGCUGCCCCGCGGAACGAGCCCGUCAGAAGCGGGGACGCGAGAGCGAACACUACCGUAGUAGCAGUCACGGUAGAGGCGACACAUGCUCCAGGCGAUGGUAGCACCAGCACAGGUCUAGCCUCCAGCAUGAAAUGCAACAAAAACGGAGAAUGCCGGAGAGACUCCGGCACCGGGAGCCUCCGUUCUAUCAUGUCCAAGACGGACAAACAGGGCGGCGGGUGCUCAAACCGAAGGCAGUCCGCCGUCUGUAACUCCACCACCGCCAGCAUGGACGGGCUGACCACUCCUGUCGGCUCACUGGCGCUGGGCCACGGGGGCGACACGGCCAAUACCGGCGGCAACACCCCUGUCUCCGGUGGGGUGCCCGAGAAAAAGGACUCGAGGGUCUCCUUCUCUAACGCGCCGAGCCGGAAAGCGUCGUCCUCGGUUCACGGCAGCACUCAGCAGCCCGGGGCCCACCAGCAGCAGCCGAGGAAUUCGGUUACCUUCCAGAAGACUGAGGAUGGACCGGCUAUCGUGGCGGCUGCCGAGGAUACGGACGCCAACGGCAGCCAGGCGAGUUUCAUGCAACGGCAGUUCAGUAGCAUGCUUCAGCCCGGAGUUAACAAAUUCUCUUUGCGCAUGUAUGGAAGCCAAAAGGCAGUGGAGAGGGAGCAGGAACGCGUGAAGUCGGCGGGGAACUGGAUUAUUCACCCGUACAGUGACUUCAGGUUCUACUGGGACUUCACCAUGCUCCUGUUCAUGCUGUGCAACCUGAUCAUCAUCCCCGUGGGCAUCACCUUCUUCAAGGACGAGACCACCACCCCGUGGAUCAUCUUCAACGUGGUCUCCGACACCUUCUUCCUCAUGGACCUGGUGCUCAACUUCCGCACGGGCAUCAUCAUGGAGGACAACUCCGACAUCAUCCUGGACCCCAAGACCAUCAAGAUGCGCUACCUGAAGACCUGGUUCAUCGUGGACUUCGUCUCGUCCAUCCCGGUGGAUUAUAUCUUCCUCAUCGUGGAGCAGGGCAUCGACUCGGAGGUGUACAAGACGGCGCGCGCCCUCAGGAUCGUCCGCUUCACCAAGAUCCUCAGCCUGCUGCGCCUCCUGCGCCUGUCCAGACUCAUACGCUACAUCCACCAGUGGGAGGAGAUCUUCCACAUGACCUAUGACCUUGCGAGUGCGGUGAUGCGCAUCUUCAACCUGAUCGCCAUGAUGCUGCUGCUGUGCCACUGGGACGGCUGCCUCCAGUUCCUGGUGCCCAUGCUGCAGGACUUCCCCUCCGACUGCUGGGUCUCCCUCAACAAGAUGGUGAACGACACCUGGAGUGAGCUCUACUCCUUCGCCGUCUUCAAGGCCAUGAGCCACAUGCUGUGCAUCGGGUACGGGCGGCAGGCCCCCGAGAGCCUCUCCGACAUCUGGCUCACCAUGCUGAGUAUGAUCGUAGGGGCCACCUGCUACGCCGUCUUCAUCGGCCACGCCACCGCACUCAUCCAGUCCCUCGACUCCUCACGCCGACAGUACCAGGAGAAGGGUGAAAAUGCCCCUUGUGCCCAGCGUGCCUGGCAACCCCUCCUCACUGAGUGGAAUAGAAUGGAGAACCAUGUGGUCGCCUGGUUACCACCCUGCUUUGUGUCCUGUGGUCGCCUGGUUACCACCCUGCUUUGUGUCCAUGUGGUCGCCUGGUUACCACCCUGCUUUGUGUCCCUGUGGUCGCCUGGUUACCACCCUGCUUUGUGUCCUGUGGUCGCCUGGUUACCACCCUGCUUUGUGUCCUGA